AUGUGGAGAGUAGCAACCAUGUCAUCGUUUCCUCGUGUUUGGAAUCUGGUCGCCGCCGCAGCGGCUGGAGUCGCCGACGGUAACGGCGAUGGGCACGCCCGCCGAGACGAUAGGAAUUGAGGUCGACAAAAAAGCGCACUCCGAUCACCCAAUAAAAAACGAAGCCCUCCUCUCCUCACCGAACAAACCACCACCUCAGAAAAAAGGAGGCGCCUUUUCUCUUCUUUUCCCUCCCGGAUCCUCCGCGCCCGCCGCCGCGAUGGCCACCCUCCGCCUCCCUGCCCCGCCGGCGGCGAGGUGGGCCCCGCUGCCUCCCUCCGCCUCUGCCUCCGCACGUCGGCUCCGUCCCCCGCGCCGACUCGCGGCGCGGCUGGCGAAGGGGGAGGGGACGCCGGAGGUGGAGGAGGCGCCGCUGGUGAGGACGCUCCUGAUCGACAACUAUGACAGCUACACCUACAACAUCUUCCAGGAGCUCUCCGUCGUCAACGGCGUGCCGCCCGUGGUCGCGCGCAACGACGAAUGGACGUGGAGGGACGUGUUCAACCGGGUGUACAAGGAGAGGGCCUUCGACAACAUCGUCAUUUCGCCUGGCCCUGGAUCUCCGGCAUGCCCCGGGGACAUAGGUGUAUGUCUGCGGAUACUUUUGGAGUGUGGAGAUAUACCCAUCCUGGGUGUCUGCCUUGGCCACCAGGCCCUGGGAUUUGUACAUGGUGCUAAGAUUGUUCACGCUCCUGAAGCUAUACACGGGCGACUUAGUGAAAUUGAGCACGAUGGAUGCUACCUCUUUAAUCGUGUCCCGUCAGGUAGAAACUCUGGGUUCAAGGUAGUGCGCUAUCAUUCACUAGUAAUAGAAGCAGGCUCUCUACCUGAUGAUCUUAUAUCAAUCGCAUGGACUGCUUCUCCAAAAAUGCUCUCCUUCCUGGAAAGUGAUAUGACUAAUGUUAGUACUAGUACCAUCUUGGGAUCAUUGGACGAUUUCUUCAUGGAAGACCCUCCAGAGUGCAGUAACAGUGGUGGGCAACUAUCCAAUAGAAGCAAUGCUAGUGAGUCAGAUAGCAGCAAGGUUAUCAUGGGCAUCAGGCACUCUAGCAGGCCUCACUAUGGAGUGCAGUUUCAUCCAGAGAGCGUUGCUACUCACUAUGGAAGACAGAUUUUUCAAAACUUUAAGAAGAUGACAAGUGAUUCUGGAUUGCGCUCAUCGUGGCUUCAUGAAAGAAAGGUCGAUUCUGCAGAACAACGCAAUUCUGUUCUGAAGAACUUGUUACAUACUGAAAGACUGGAAUUUCGGGAUCUUGUUGGGGCUGAAGGUCGAUUCUGCAUGCUUGCAAAGAGAUCCAGUGAGAAGAAGUAUUUACGGUUGCGAUGGAAGAAGAUUGAUAACUUCCUCUGUCCCACAGUUGGCUCUGAAGACAUAUUUGCAGUGGUUUUUGGUCAUCAAAAUAGUGAAGACACAUUUUGGCUGGAUAGCUCAUCAGUUGAUCAGAAUAGGGCACGUUUUUCAUUCAUGGGUGGUAAAGGUGGGUCUCUAUGGAAGCAAAUGACAUUUCACCUCUCCGGUCAAAGAGCCAAUUGUGGAGGAACCCUUGUUAUCCAGGAUGCUUAUGGAUCUAUUGCUAAAAACUUUAUCAAAGAGGGCUUCUUGGAGUUCCUUAACAAGGAGAUUCAGUCCAUUCAAUACAAUGAAAAGGAUUAUGAAGGACUGCCCUUUGACUUCCAUGGCGGAUUUGUUGGAUAUCUAGGGUAUGGUCUUAAAGUUGAAUGUGACGCAUCAUCUAACAAAGCUAAAUCAAGUACUCCUGAUGCAUGCUUCUUCUUUGCUGAUAAUGUUGCGGUGGUCGAUCACAGUAACGGUGAUGUAUAUAUUUUAUCGUUGCAUGAUGAAUUAUCUUCAAGUAAUGGAGAUGGGAUCUGCAGAAAUUCAACACAUGCUUCAUGGUUAGUGGAGGCUGAGAAGAGGCUUCUCAGGCUGGGUGCUAUUGCCUCAGCAUUGCCGAUUAACGGGAAUGCAUUAGUUAGAUCAUCCAAUUUGAAUAAGCAAAGUUUCAUUGUAGAGAAAUCUAAGGAUCAAUAUAUUAGAGAUGUUCAGAGUUGCCUGGAUUAUAUCAGAGAUGGAGAAAGCUAUGAGUUGUGCUUAACUACUCAGAUGAAGAGAAGAAUAGGCUAUAUAGAUGCGCUCCAACUCUACCUUAAAUUGAGAAAACAAAAUCCUGCCCCAUAUGCAGCCUGGCUUAACUUCUCCUCAGAAGACUUGAGUAUAUGCUGCUCUUCUCCUGAAAGGUUCCUACGACUGGAUCGAAAUGGAAUUCUAGAAGCAAAACCAAUCAAAGGUACUAUAGCACGUGGCAGAACACCAGAGGAAGAUGAAUGCUUACGGUUGCAGUUGAAAUACAGUGAAAAGGAUCAGGCUGAGAAUUUGAUGAUUGUUGAUCUCCUAAGAAACGAUCUUGGCAAGGUUUGUGAACCUGGGAGCGUGCAUGUUCCUCGCCUCAUGGAUGUAGAAUCGUAUAAAACUGUUCACACUAUGGUGAGUACCAUCCGUGGAACGAAGAAGUCGAAUCUAAGCCCUAUUGAUUGUGUGAAAGCUGCCUUUCCAGGAGGUUCGAUGACCGGGGCCCCAAAAGUUAGAUCAAUGGAGAUUCUUGAUUCACUUGAAAACAGUCCGAGAGGUGUCUACUCAGGAUCGAUUGGGUUCUUUUCCUAUAACCACACAUUCGAUCUGAACAUUGUGAUUCGAACGGUUAUCCUGCACGAUGGAGAGGCUUCAGUUGGGGCAGGUGGGGCGAUUGUUGCAUUGUCAGACCCAGAAGCAGAAUACAAUGAAAUGAUGCUUAAAGCAAAAGCACCAACAAAGGUGGUUGAAGAUUGCAGUCAAAUAAUGUACAAUUCAGAUCGAUCAGAUUCAAUGCAGACAACCAUAAGUUAGAUCAGAUAGCCAAAGGACCUCUAUUUUAUUGAAACACCAAGAACGCAACAAGGUUCAGACAUAAGUAGAUAAACCAUAUAUUCAUUCUGACAAAUUUGAUCUCUGCUGUUGGUCUGCAUGUUGACAGUCUUUGUUAGAGGAAAACUGGGGAAUAUCUCUUGCCUUAAAAUUCCAACCCCUUAACUGAAAGCAAAGAAUAGAGGGAUGUGGUGGAGGAUGAUGUCGAAGUCAAAUUUACGGUGGCAUAUACAGUGCUGUCACCUGCAGGCUACUGCUACAGAAGAAACCCAUAUCAGCUCAAUGCGUACCUCAAUCGGUCAUUACAGAUAUUUUGUUUUCCGCAGAAUGCACACGGUUUGUGUAAUUUUUUCCCCGUAGCUUAAGAAUUGCAUUAUGUUACAGAUCAACGAAAAACAAUCAAACUCUAUCACAAAACAAAAGGACAUAGAUUUGUUGCCCUUAAAAACAAGGACAUAUAUUUGCUGUACUAAUUGCCAUCAUGGCCAUAUUCUUUACUGGGUGUAAUAUCACAUUUCUUCUGCCA